AUGGACAAAAAACAUGGGAAAUACAUAGUGAAUAUUGAACACUCUGGAAACCAGCCGGAGAGUAUUGGUGGCACCACUCGGUCAUUUCUGAGCACAAAAAACCAUGAAGCUCACAGUUCAGCAUGUCGGUUUCCAGCAUCAACUAAUGUAGCUUGUGAUAUUGGUACCAAUGUAACUAAUGUCUGCACCAAUACAGGGACCCUUGGAGACCCGGAAUUUCCAAACAGACAAUUACAACAUUGUCAGGUGACACGAAAUUUCUUUAGUGACUGGUCUCUGUGGAAAAUCUUCCUGGUUUGUCUCUUAGCCUGUGUGAUAACAACAGCAAUCGGAGUACUCAUAGUGUCUUUGGUGUAUAAUGGGAAAAACAAUACCUCCAUUGUUAUCCACUUUCCCUCAAACCAUGAGACAACCUCAUCUGCAACUGAAACUAGUUCUGAGCCUAUAAUUCCCACUACCAUAACAGAUUCUACCACACCACCCACUUCAACUACCAUCACUACAACCACUGGUCGCCCUUCAACAGAAUCUACUAGUGCAGCAACCACUGCUCAAACAGAAACCACCACAGCAGAAGGCAACACUUUAUCUGAAACCACUACAACAACGACUUCAGGCACUGCAACUGAGGCUACAACCAUAACCAUCACUACUGCUUCUAGAGAAUCCAGAACCACCACAGUAGCAGACAAAACUUCAGCUGAACCUACUGUCACCACAGCAGCCACCACCUCAACAGAACUACCUACCACAACUGCCAGCACUACCACGGAGGCUUCAACCGCAACAGCCACCAGUACUACUUUCACUGAAUCUUCAACCACCACAGCAGCUACCACGUCAGGCAAACCAACAACCAAAACAACUUCUGGCACUACCUCUGAGGCUACCACCACCAUGGCCAUUGCUACAACUUCUACUGAACCUUCAACUACCACAGCAGCUACCACUUCAACUGAACCCACCACCAUAACAGUAGCCACCACUUCUACAGAGCCAACUAUUGCAACCACUGCCAGCACUGCUACUGAAGCUACAACCACCAUUAUCAGUACUGCUUCGGCUCACUAUACAACUGCCACAGCAGCAGAAAGCACUUCAACUGAAGCUAUAACCAGCACAGCAGCCACCACUUCAGCAGGACCACCUACCACUCCUGCCAGCACAACCACUGAGGCUACAACUACAACGGCCAUCACCACCGCUUCUACCAAAUAUACAACCACCACAGUAGCAGAAACCACUUCAGCUGAGCCUAUUACCACGACAUCUGCCACCACUUCAGCAGGACCACCUACCACACCUGCUAGCACCACCACUGCGGCUAUCACUACUACAGCCACCACGAUGGCUUCUACUGUACCAACAGCCACCACAACAGCUACCAUUUCAACUGAACCAACUAUCUCAACCACUGCUAGCACGACUGAGGCUACAACCAGAUCCUACACCACUACUGCUUCUAUUGAACCUACAACCACCACAGCAAUAGCUACCACUUCAACCAAAUCUACAACCGAAGCAGCAACCACAACUACUAUCAGCACUACCACAGAGGCUACAACCAUAUCUGACACCACUACUGCUUCUACUGAACCUAUAGCCACCACAGCAAUAGUUACCACUUCAACCGAACCUACAACAGAAGCAACAACCACAACUACAGCCAGCACUACCAGUGAGGCUACAACCACAUCUGUCACCACUACUGCUUCUACUGAACCUACAACCACAAGAGCAACAGAUACCACUUCAACUGAACCUACAACUGAAACAACAACCACAACUACUGCCAGCACUACCACUGAGGCUACAACCACACCGGCCACCAGUACCACUUCCACCACAUCUACAACCACCAUGGCAGCAGAAACCACUUCAAGUGAACCAAAUACCCCAAACACUUCCAGCACUAUUGAGGCUACAACCAUAUCUGACACCACUGCUGCUUCCACUGAACCUAUAACCACCACAACAACACAUACCUCUUCAACUGAACCUACAACUGAAGCAACAACCACAACUACUGCCAGUACGACCAUCAACUCUACCACCACAACAGCCACCACUACAAAUUCUACUGAACCUGCAAUCACAACAACAGCUACCUCGUCAAGUGCACCAACUUCCACCACAACUUCUAGCACUACCCCUGAGGCUACAACCACGUCAGACACCACUACUGUUUCUGCAGAACCUAUGACCACCACAGCAACCGAUACUACUUCAACUGAACCUACAACCACAACAGCAGCCCCUACUACAACUGAAACAACUACCACAACAACUGCUAGCAGUACCCCUGUGACUACAACCACACAGUCCACUAGUACCACUUCUACCACAUCUGCAACCACGAUGGCAACAGAAACCACUGCAAGUGAACCAACUACCACAAACACAGCCACUACUGCCACUGAGUCUACAACCAUAUCUGACACCACUACUGCUUCUACUGAACCUGUAACCACCACUUUAAUACCUACCACUUCAACUGAACCUACAACCGAAGCAACCACCACAGCUACUGCCAGCACUAUCACUGAGGCUACAACCACAACAGCCACCACCACUGCUUCUACCAAAUCUACAACUACCACAGCAGCAGACACUACUUCAGCUGAGCCUACUACCACUACAUCUGCCACCACAUCAAUUGAACCACCUACCACAACUGCCAGCAGUACCACUGCGGCUAUCACUACAACAGCCACCACGAUGGCUUCUACUGGACCAACAGCCAUCACAGCAGCUACCACUUCAACUGAACCAACUAUCUCAACCACUGCCAGUACUACUGAGGCUACAACAACCACUAUCUCUACUGCUUCUACUGAAUCUACAGCCGCCACAUCAGUAGAAACCACUUCAACUGAACCUACAACUGAAGCAACAACCACAACUACUGCCAGCACUACCACUGAGGCUACAACCACAACAGCCACCACCACUGCUUCUACCAAAUCUACAACUACCACAGCAGCAGACACUACUUCAGCUGAGCCUACUACCACUACAUCUGCCACCACAUCAAUUGAACCACCUACCACAACUGCCAGCAGUACCACUGCGGCUAUCACUACAACAGCCACCACGAUGGCUUCUACUGGACCAACAGCCAUCACAGCAGCUACCACUUCAACUGAACCAACUAUCUCAACCACUGCCAGUACUACUGAGGCUACAACAACCACUAUCUCUACUGCUUCUACUGAAUCUACAGCCGCCACAUCAGUAGAAACCACUUCAACUGAACCUACAACUGAAGCAACAACCACAACUACUGCCAGCACUACCACUGAGGCUACAACCACAAUGGCCACCACCACUUCUACUGGAUCUAUAAGUACCACAGUAUCAGACGCCACUUCAGCUGAGCCUCCUACCACAACAUCUGCCACCACUUCAUCAGAACCACCUACCACACUUGCCAGCACUACCACUGCGGUUAUCACUACAAUGGCCACCACGAUGGGUACUACUGGACCAACAGCUACCACAACAAUUACCACUUCAACUGAACCAACUUCCCCAACCACUGCCAGCACUACUGAGGCUACAACCAUAUCUGACACCACUGCUGCUUCCACUGAACCUAUAACCACCACAGCAACACAUACCUCUUCAACUGAACCUACAAUUGAAGCAACAACUGCAACUACUGCCAGUACAACCACCAAGUCUACCACCACAACAGCCACCACUACAACUUCUACUGACAACCACUCAACUCAUACCUCUUCAACUGAACCUACAACUGAAGCAACAACCACAACUACUACAUCUGCCACCACAUCAAUAGAACCACCUACCACCACUGCCAGCAGUACCACUGCAGCUAUCACUACAACAGCCACCACAACAGCUACCUCUUCAACUGAACCUACAACUGAAGCAACAACCACAACUACUACAUCUGCCACCACAUCAAUAGAACCACCUACCACCACUGCCAGCAGUACCACUGCAGCUAUCACUACAACAGCCACCACAACAGCUACCUCUUCAACUGAACCUACAACUGAAGCAACAACCACAACUACUACAUCUGCCACCACAUCAAUAGAACCACCUACCACCACUGCCAGCAGUACCACUGCAGCUAUCACUACAACAGCCACCACAACAGCUACCUCUUCAACUGAACCUACAACUGAAGCAACAACCACAACUACUACAUCUGCCACCACAUCAAUAGAACCACCUACCACCACUGCCAGCAGUACCACUGCAGCUAUCACUACAACAGCCACCACAACAGCUACCUCUUCAACUGAACCUACAACUGAAGCAACAACCACAACUACUACAUCUGCCACCACAUCAAUAGAACCACCUACCACCACUGCCAGCAGUACCACUGCAGCUAUCACUACAACAGCCACCACAACAGCUACCUCUUCAACUGAACCUACAACUGAAGCAACAACCACAACUACUACAUCUGCCACCACAUCAAUAGAACCACCUACCACCACUGCCAGCAGUACCACUGCAGCUAUCACUACAACAGCCACCACAACAGCUACCUCUUCAACUGAACCUACAACUGAAGCAACAACCACAACUACUACAUCUGCCACCACAUCAAUAGAACCACCUACCACCACUGCCAGCAGUACCACUGCAGCUAUCACUACAACAGCCACCACAACAGCUACCUCUUCAACUGAACCUACAACUGAAGCAACAACCACAACUACUACAUCUGCCACCACAUCAAUAGAACCACCUACCACCACUGCCAGCAGUACCACUGCAGCUAUCACUACAACAGCCACCACAACAGCUACCUCUUCAACUGAACCUACAACUGAAGCAACAACCACAACUACUACAUCUGCCACCACAUCAAUAGAACCACCUACCACCACUGCCAGCAGUACCACUGCAGCUAUCACUACAACAGCCACCACAACAGCUACCUCUUCAACUGAACCUACAACUGAAGCAACAACCACAACUACUACAUCUGCCACCACAUCAAUAGAACCACCUACCACCACUGCCAGCAGUACCACUGCAGCUAUCACUACAACAGCCACCACAACAGCUACCUCUUCAACUGAACCUACAACUGAAGCAACAACCACAACUACUACAUCUGCCACCACAUCAAUAGAACCACCUACCACCACUGCCAGCAGUACCACUGCAGCUAUCACUACAACAGCCACCACAACAGCUACCUCUUCAACUGAACCUACAACUGAAGCAACAACCACAACUACUACAUCUGCCACCACAUCAAUAGAACCACCUACCACCACUGCCAGCAGUACCACUGCAGCUAUCACUACAACAGCCACCACACCAGCUACCACUUCAACUGAACCAACUAUCUUAACCACUGCCAGCACUACUGAGGCUACAACCUCCAGUAUCUCUACUGCUUCUACUGAACCUAUAACCACCACAGCAAUAGCUACCACUUCAACCAAACCUACAACCGAAGCAACAACCACAACUACUACAUCUGCCACCACAUCUGCCACAUCUGCCACCACCACAUCAAUAGAACCACCUACCACAACUGCCAGCAGUACCACUGCAGCUAUCACUACAAUAGCCACCACAACAGCUACCACUUCAACUGAACCAACUAUCUCAACCACUGCCAGCACUACUGAGGCUACAACCACCAGUAUCUCUACUGCUUCUACUGAAUCUACAACUGCCACAUCAGCAGAAACCACUUCAACUGAAGCUACAACCAGCACAGCUGCCACUACUUCAACAGGACCAACUACCAGUACUGCCAGUGCUACCACUGAGGCUACAACCACAACAGCCACCACUACAACUUCUACUGAACCUGCAACCACAACAACAGCCACCUCAUCAAGUGCACCAAUUGCCACCACAGCGUCCAGCACUGCCCCUGAGGCUACAACCACAUCAGAUACCACUGUUUCUGCAGAACCUAUGACCACCACAGCAAUUGAUACUUCAUCUGGACCUACAACCACAACAGCAGCCCCCACUACAACUAAAACGACUACCACAACUACUGUUGGCAGUACCCCUGCAGCUACAACCACACAGUCCACCAGUACCACUUCUACCACAUCUGCAACCACGAUGGCAACAGAAACCACUGCAAGUGAACCAACUACCACAAACACUGCCAGCACUCCUACUGAGUCUACAACCAUUUCUGACACCACUAUUGCUUCUACUGAACCUAUAACCACCACAGCAAUAGCUACCACUUCAACCAAACCUACAACAGAAGCAACAACCACAACUACUGCCAGCACUACCAGUGAGGCUACAACCACAGCAGCUACCGGUACUGCCUCCACUCCAUCUACAACCACUUUAUCAGCAGAAACCACUUCAAGUAAACCAACUACCACACCUACUGCCAGCACUUCUCCUGAGGCUACAAACACAGCAGCCACCAGUCAGUCUUCUACUGAACCUGCAACCACCAUUUCAAGUUAAUCAACUGCCACAAUAAUUUCCAGUGCUAUCUGUAAGACUGCAACCAUGUGGGACAACACUACUGCUUCUACUAAACCUAUAUUCACCACAGUCACUGAUAUCAUUUCAAAUAAACCCACCACCACAGCAGCAGCUCCACUUUAACAGAACGGAUUUUCACAACUACUGCCAGCGCUACCCCUGUGGCCAUAAUAACAGUUACCACUAGCUCCUCUAUUGAACUUAUAAUCACCACAGCAGGCACCUACCACAACAACUACCCACACUACUACUCAGACCACCACCCAAUGGUUACUACUACUUCUAUCUAAUCUACAACCGCUAUGCAGCCACCACCUUGUCACAACUAUGAAUGCCAUCUUUUAAUUUGAACCUACUGCCAUAACUGCAAGCAUUGUGCCUUCAUCUGAAUUGCACUACAAGUACAAUUAUCUUUUCUAUUGCACCUAUAGAUAUGAGUACCAGUUGCAUAUUUACUGGGCCUGUGAUCACAAUAACUUCUACUGAAUCUACUGUUAUAGCUUACAGUACCAUUUCAACUUUUUCUUAUCCAUUCUGACAACCCCUGUCACUCCAGCUUAAGGUACAACUAUAAACCAUUCAACAAAUUCAACUCAAAUUUGAAAAAUUUCCAUUUAAAUGGACGUGUAAUUAGCAUCAGUUUAACAGAAUCUCCAGACACCAAUACUUGUUCUUCAACUGAAUGUACGUUGCCCACAGUAAGUAUAUGAAUCUAGUGACUCAAUUAGUGACUGAAUCUAGUUUGCUUUCUGAUUCAACUAAAAUGUCAUUUUCUACCUCCACUGCCACCACCUCAAUAAGAAUAAAAUCAACACAGAUGCUAACCCAACUGACUUUACAGACACAAUAGCAUGACUUCAGCUGAAUUUAUAAUCUCCAUAACCAAUAUUACCUGUUAAUAGAAAAUUAUCAUCACCUUCUAAGUAACCUAUUACAGUGCAAUUAGCAAUUUCACUGCCCCUUCAAAUGAGUGUAUAGUAUGACAACAUUAACAAAAUAUGCUAGUACUGUAACUUUUCAUAUUUCACAGUAGGUACCACCACAUUUAUUGUUCACACAGUCAUGCUACCAUUUCUAUGCACCAUCAUUUGUACUGUACUUACUACUACAAUACCUAUCACUAAACCCUUCACUUGAAUUUAUAAGCACUGUAACUUCUGUUGACAUAUUAUUCAAAGCCAUCCAUUACUUAUUCAUCUGAACCAAACACUGCCUCUAUUAAUAGUAAAUACAGUAGAUCACAUCAUCACUCCCACUUGACAGAAAUGGCAAAUUCAUAAUGACCUUUUAAUCACAGCUGUAGUUAGGAUGCCUGCAAAUUAAAUCUUAACAUCCACUGUCAUUCCAUACCAGAACCUAUAUCUACUAUUGGUAACUAUAGAUUCCAUGGCCAUCAACCACCAACAUAUAACUACAAAUUACUGCUCUAAAAUAGGAUUUACUUAAUGACCAGUUCAACUGUCAUCAUAAUGAUAAUGAGUUUCACCCCUAAAACAGCAUUAAGAUUUAACAAUAACAUUAAUUUGACCUAACCAUUUAAUAUGAAGAGUCUCUAUUUUGUGAAGUUUUAAAUAAUACAAUUUCCAUACAAAAUAAAUCCAAUCUAUUUAUUUACGUUGGAAACUUGUUAUGUUUUAAUAAAAUGUU